AUGGCCACUCCGGCGCCCUCUCUGGCCCCGGCGCCCUGCCCGGCUCCGUUGGCACCCGCAUUGGCCGCCAAGCCGACCAUCUCACCGUCACCCGGACCGGGCACUCCCGGAUCCGUCACCUCCAAGGAAUGGGUGAUUCCCCCUCGUCCCAAGCCCGGUCGCAAGCCCGCCACCGAUACGCCCCCUACCAAACGCAAGGCUCAGAAUCGAGCCGCCCAGAGAGCCUUCCGGGAACGCAGGGCAGCUCGCGUCAACGAACUCGAGGACCAGAUCAAGAAAAUCGAGGACGACCAUGAGAUCCACGUGGCGACAUUCAAAGACCAAAUCUCCAACCUCUCUCACGAGGUCGAACAAUGUCGGAGUGAAAUGGCCUGGUGGCGCGACCGCUGCCACGCUUUGGAAAAAGAGGUCUCUGUUGAGCGCAGCGCCAAGGAAAGCCUCGUGAAGGAGUUCCGGUCGUCAUUGUCAGACAAGAACAGCUCUCGCGCGGACAAGGCUCCCUUGACACGCAUUCCUGCCAGAGCCUCUUCUGCGGCAGCUCGUGUAGCUGAGGAGGAGCGGGAGGAGGUGCCCCUGGGCUGCAGCAACUGCUCGUCCGGGCACUGUCAGUGCAUCGAAGACGCCUUUGGCAUGCCAGGUAUCGAGAGUGCCUCAUCCCAAUCCAAGCGGCCUGGAAGUUCGAACCGCCUCGAGCCCGAAAUCAAGCCCGAGCCCGAGGAGAUGGAAAUCGACUUCACAACGCGAUUUGCGGCCCCCCAUCACAUCCAGGACGAUAGCGUCACUACCGUGUCCUCUCCGGCCGUCGAUCCCUGUGGGUUCUGUACCGAUGGCACGCCCUGCAUUUGCGCUGAAAUGGCCGCCCAGGAGGAGGAGCGUCGGCAGCGGAACUCGUUCGAGAACAACCGGCUGGCACCUAUUCAGAAUUUGUCGCAGUUCACGCCGCCACCUUCGGAUGGAGACGUGCGGUCUGAGGUGACGCUCCCUCCCAUCGGCCAGGCGACCAACCCCUGCGCCAAUGGCCCGGGGACCUGUGCUCAAUGUCUGGCCGAUCCCAGGCGGACCCUUUUUUGCAAGACGCUGGCGGCCUCCCGCUCCGCGAGCGCUGCCUCCUCCGGCUGCUGCGGCGGUAAAGGCGCCGAUGGUGGAUGCUGCAUGUCGCGCAACUCCAACCCUCAGCGCAGCGGGUCAACUCAACAACCCUCCAGCUCGCGUCGCUCCGCCACCCCAUCCCUGACCUUGUCCUGCGCCGACGCCUUCACCACUCUAUCCCGCCACCCGAACUUCUCCCGAGCCAGCGAUGACAUCUCCUCAUGGCUUCCCAAGCUCCACACUCUCCCGGACCCCAACUCCAACCAACAGGAAGUCGUGCAACCAGGGUCCCGAGCUGCACUAGAGGUCGAAGCCGCCAGUGUCAUGGGAGUGCUGCGCUACUUUGAUCGGCGAUUCGCCGACAAAUAA